AUGUUCCUAUCUAACUCUACUUUUAAAAAAUCAUCAUUUCCAUGUGAAUGGCGUAGAGAGCUAAAUAAUGCUUCUUCACAUAAUCCAAGGAAAUACUAUUUAUGUAUAUUUAUCACAUUUAGUCUAGUGUUUUUCACCAGUUCUUCACUGUUAAUACAUUCAAAAUUAAUUAUAUCAAAGUGCAAUUCUUCAGAAGAAUGGAAUAAAUCUAGUCCUGGACCCUGUUCUUAUGAAUUGUCUAUAAUAAAUGCGGUAAAUGAAUCUCUGUACUCUAAAUCUGCACAGAUAAAUGGUUCCAGCUCAUUGAAUUACCCACAUAUCGAUGUUGAUUUAGAUUCUCAACUACUCAGGAAUAUACGUUCGAGUGAUACUCACUCUCCACCUCAUAUAAUACCAGAUUUACCCAGUUUACUUCGAUUCUUUGAUCGUACUGGACUACAAGUACUUUGCCGUGCUGCAGGUAAUCCAACUCCACAAAUUCGUUGGUUUUCUCUACCAACCAAUGGUCGACCUACAACAGCUGGCUUGGAUCACUUGUUCUCCGGAAGUUCAGCUUCAGCUAGUAGUUCUGCUUCAUCUUCACCUUCAUCAACUUCAUCACCAGGCUAUCUAAGUCAUAGAGAAAUUGACUUUCAAAAUGAUGAGAACUAUGUCAGUGAACUUGGGUAUAGCAGUCGUGUCAGAGAAACACCUCAAGCUGAUCAAGCGUUAUUAUCUUCUCUGGAGAAACUACACUCAACCCAGCCAACAGUUGUCAGUGUUGUUAACACUGGUAAUAGUAUUGGAACAAGUCAUAGUAAUGGUAUCAAUGACGUGAAGCAUAAUGCUAACAAUCAAAUUAUUGUCGGUAAUGGUUGGUUAAACUUUACAGCUACACGAUCGUCAACAAUGCGAAUGGUGUUUUUUUGCCAGGCAGAAAAUUAUCUUGGUCAGGCUAGAUCACGAAAAAUGGUUGUUCAUCAAGUUCCUAUGCCAGAUGAAAAUUUAAAGAUUAUAUACAAUACUUUCCCUAUUAAACCAAGACAGAAAGCUGUUGUUAGUUGUCAACCGGAACAAGGAAUUUUUAAUCGUUUCUUAAAGGUGAAAUAUUGGGAAGUUUAUUUGAAUGGAACUCUGAUUUCUACAGUUGAUCAUUCAUACGGUCGUUUCAGUAUGAUUAAUGUUACCAAACAUCCAGAGUUACACAUUAGAUCAGUUACAGAAAGUGAAUUGACUUCAAUGGAAGUAAGAUGUGUACUUCAAUCAAUAGUUGAUGAGUCUGUAACUGUUGAACGACCUGAACGUGGCCGACUUCAACGAUUACAAUUUCGAUUCUCUUAUGCUGAACUUCGAGGAGUUGGUAGUGAAAUAAAUAUUUUACGUGGUACAACUGUUGAAUUACCAUGGGCUGUAGAAGGUGAAGGACGUACACAAGUGGACUGGUAUUAUCUAAAUGAUGCUAGUCGUAUACGACAAGCAAUUGUUUUAGAUUCAUCAACAUCAUCAAAUACAGGCGGAAAUAAUCCUUCAGAUUCUAAUCGACGACGAACUAAUGAACUACCCUGGGGUACUAAAUAUGAAUUAGUUGAUGGUGCUUAUGGAAAUCUACGUUUAAUUAAUUUAUCAGUUACGGAUUCUGGGCAUUAUAUAGCUGAAUCAGCUCAUCUAGGCCGUUCACUUAGAAUUAAAUACACUAUACGAGUUCAAGCACCUUUAGGUGUAAAGAUCACACCUAGUCGUCGAACUGUGGACUGGGGUAGUCGAGUUGAACUGACCUGUGAAGUGACUGGACAUCCACGUCAGUUAGUUUAUUGGUUGCACAAUUCUCGAUUAGUUCCACGACGUCAUCAUGUACGCCAUAUACCUACAUCAAUGAAUUCAGGCUAUUCUGGAAUAGAUAAUAGUAUUAACAGUGGUCCAUUGAAUUCAAUUGCAGAACGAUUAAUUAUUGAAGCUUUCAGUCUUGAUGAUAUUGGUGUUUAUCAGUGUAUCGCUGAAAAUGGUCAUCCUGCGGACAGAUUAAGUUUAGGCAUGAAUACACAUCAGUCAUCUGACUCAUUUUUUGUUUAUCAUAGCAAUACACUGACAUCAUCAACUUUGGGUUCAGUAAAUAAUUCAUCUUUUUCACCAAUAGCAACUCCAACAACACCACUGGCACCACCACCAUCGCCAACAACAACAACAACAAGGCAACAGAUUAACAAUAAUCAUUUAUCUGAGAAUGAAUUAACUAGUCAGACAAAUUCAUUUUCAAGUCUUGAAAGUGUCGGUGAUCUUAUCGACAAUGCUCAAGCAACAGCACUUUUAAUGAUGGGUAAAAUGCGUCCCUCAUUGACCUGGCAAAAUCCUGCUGUUGAAUUAGGUUCAUUUGCUGCACAAGUUCUCUUAUCUUUACAUAUGGGUUCAACAGAUGCUUUAUUAGAGUGUAGAUUUGCUGCUAAUCCAACUCCACAGAUUGUAUGGUAUAGAGAUGAUCAACCAAUUAUUAUGGAUGAAUCUGGUGUUUUAUCUGCUCAAGUAAUGUCUGAUGAUGGUACAGCUUGUACAACAAUUACGCGUUUAACAAUCAAUAUUCGUAAGUUUUCUAUUUAUCAUUCUGUAAUAUCUGCAAACUUUGCAAAUUUGGAUGAUAUGUGGACAUUUGGCGGUGAGUAUCGUGCAGCAGCUGAAAACUCUUAUGGUCAGGCAGAUUGUCGAACAUACGUUCUCAUGGAUACACCACUUCGUCUUCGACCAAUCGACAUUGGGAAACCAGCUAUAGCUGGUCGUGCGUAUACACUAAAAUGUUACUUUAUUGGUAGUGGAAUACCUACACUUCAAUGGCAUCGUAUAAAAAAUGGUCGUGAUGUUCGUCGUAUACCAGUUGAUCAUCGUCAUCAAUUAUUAGAGAAUGGUCGUGUACUACGUAUAACUGAGGUUAAUCAAGAAGAAGAUGAAGCUGAUUACCGGUGUACAGCUACUUUAGGCGAUAUGACAUCGAAUAUGACUGUAUCACUUAAAGUCUCCCAUGCUCCUCGUCUAUUUGAACUACCACAGACAAGACAAGUUAAAGAUGGUCGUGAUAUGUUAUCGUAUAGUUGUGCAUUACAAAAUAGAGCUGAUAAACCUUGGUAUGCUUGGUGGGAAUUUCAACGUGAAGGCACCAAUGCAAUUGUCCCAUUGCCACCGUUCAAAAAGAAUGCAUAUGAUGGUUUUUCAGUUUCUUAUGUUGUAUCUGAGAAUGAAGCAACUCCCUGGCGUCUACCAGAUAGUCUACGUGAACGUGUUCCAUCCUUUGUGCAUACAGAGCCUAAUUCAGCAGUUCAUGUUAGUGUAAAUGAAUUACGCAAAGAUCAACAUCAUGGAAAUUUAACGUGUGUUGUAGUCAAUGAAGUUGGCACAGAUAGACAGUCAAUACGUGUAACUUUUAUACCUGAAUUGGAAUUUGCCAUUCGACCCCCGAACAAUCAAGAUGUAACCCUUGGACAGACUAUUUCAAUCGAUUGUGCUGCUAAGCCGUCUGAUUUACAGCCAGUGGUUGAAUGGAAAUACUUACAAAAAACUACUGGAUCAUAUGUAAGUGUUAGUCAAUUGUCUGAGGCAACAAAUGGUCGUAUUGGUCAACUAUCGAAUGGAACAUUACUAUUGUCUAGUGUAGAUGAGUCAGAUCCACGUGAAUUUCUUUGUUUCUUAAAACCUGGACGAUUAUCAACUGCUGCACAGCGUAGCUCAGCUGUAAAUCUUGAAGUACACGUACCUGCACGUAUUGAUCCUUUGGAGGCUGUAGAAAAAGUUCGUGGUUCUCGAUUCAAUUUAACCUGUAGUGUACAUGGUGAUCCAGAUGAUUUGAAAGCUUCAUGGUAUUAUCGUAUAUCAUCAAAAUCACGUUGGCAGAUUAUUGAUAAACCAUGUGUUGUUCCAUUAGCAUAUGUUGAAGGAACUCAAUCACCAUCACCUCCAUUACGAGAUGGUACAUUAGAUCCCUUCAAGUUGGAUGAUAAUAUAUCUUAUGAAGGUCAAGAUCAGUCAACUGAUCAAUUUAUCAAGACUUCUAUUCUAGAAACCAAUCGAGAUUGGAGUCCAAGUUUAGCCGACUGUCAAAGUUAUGCUACAGAGGGUUUAGAAAGUGGUAUAUUAUUUCGACAAAUUUCAUAUUUUAAACCAAAUAAACGUGGAUUAGAUAAACAAUUGCAAUUUUUAAAUCUUAAAGAAGUUCAUAUGGGUGAAUAUUUGUGUAAAGCAUCAAAUAAAUAUAAUCGUGAUCGACUAGGUCAACGUAUUGAAGUGGAAGCAUUUGUACGACUUACUGUUAUCUCUGUUCCUGAUUCUGUUCAAUUUGUGUAUAAUAGUUCACGGACUACAGCAACUAGUGUUUCCUUUUCAUGGUUACCACCAUUACGUGAUGGUAAUAAACCAGUACGCCAGUAUCGUAUACGCUAUUCACAUUCUGAGUCAAGUACUAAUCAACCAGUGUCAUCUACACAACAGCCAAAUGUCACGGAGAUUGAUGUGCCUGAAAAUCAACAUCGUAUCGAAUUGAAUAAUCUUCGACCUUAUACAAAAUAUCAUAUCACUGUUGCCGCGAUCAAUGAUGUCGGUCCAAGCGUUGAGAAUGCUUUGGCGCUUACUACCCAAGAAGCUAAACCAGAUGGUCCAGUCCAAAAUCUCAUAGCCAAUGGAACUGCCUCAGAUACAAUUGUAGUCAGUUGGGAUAAUCCUGCUCCAGAACAUUUAAAUGGUAAUGUAGAUCGUUAUUGGAUAUGUCGACAACGUAUAAAGGAUAGUUUAACUAGUGAAGAAUUAACUGAACUACCAUGGCCUGAAGAUCCAAAUGAUGAACAUAGUACAUCAAUGCGUGGUCGUUAUAGUCGUGUACACUGUAGUAUGAUUAUUAGACAAAUGGAUCAUGAAAUCACUGGUCUACCAAAAUUUACUGCCUAUGCUUUUCGAGUUAUUGCUAUGAAUAGUAAAGGUGCAUCCCCACCAGCUUAUACACAGACAAGAACAUUGGAAGAUUUGCCACAAGCGCCUCCAGCUGAUGUGACAUGUGCAUCACAACAGCAUAGUAUCACUGUAUCAUGGAAUCCACCGAAUCCAGAUAGUAUAAAUGGUAUAUUGACAGAAUAUCAUGUUAGUUACUUUGCAGCUAAUGAAUAUGGUGAUGAAACAAGUUCAGUCAAUCAAGCUGUAAAAGGCCAGACAACUGUCACAUUAGCAGGUCUCUUAGCCUAUACCAAUUAUACAAUUCAAGUUGCUGUUAGCAAUCGUAAAGGUCGAGGACCUGCAUCACCAAGAAUUAUCUGUUUAACAAAAGAAGCUCCUCCAGGUGCUCCAGAAUUUGUCAAAGUGAAACCGAUGAAUUCAUCAUGUGUUGUUGUCUCAUGGUCACAUCCUCGUAAACCUCAGGGUCAAACAAAAAGUUAUUGUUUAGAGGCUGUACCAUUAUUGGAUACCUCACAAGAUGGUCUUGUCAGUCUAUUCCCUUAUCCGAUUCCUUAUAAUGAUCGUACAAAAGGGCCGUGUGUACGACCAGAUUUCACAAGUUCUUAUAAUUACUACUUUUAUUGUGGUCUUGUUGAAGAACGACCAUAUAAUAUCUCUGUUCGUGGUACUAAUCAAUUCGAUGGGCAUAAAGCUUGGGCUGGACCUGUUCGUCCAACUAGCAAUCCACCGAUUGGAAUUAUCUCUAUUGGCGGUAAGAUAAAUGCUCAAAAUAAAAUGCGUGUUUGGAUGGAUUGUCUAGUGAUUGGCGGUUAUCAACCACAUUGGAUUUAUCCACAAGAUGACCUUGAUGAUCUUCGUAUUCUGGAUAAUGGUACAUUGUUUGUAGAAAGUGCUCAUGUUGCUCAUAGUGGACAUUAUAAAUGUUCAGCUGUCUCUGAUAGUAUAGCUUAUGAUCUAGUUGUUCAAGAAAUCCUUGAAGAACCACCUCGUAAGCCUAUAUGGCAUAAAUUUACGCCUAGUCUACGUGGUAUACAAGCUGAAUGGUUAUCACCUGGUUCUAAACGCCUUGAUGCACCAAUUUUAUGGUUCUAUUUAAAUUGGACAAAUUUGCAUACAGGUCAAAUGGAAACUAUUCGUCUAUCAUCAGAUCAACGUACUUAUUAUCUAUCCAAUUUAACAUGUGCAACAACAGUAAAAUUUCAAUUGAAAGCUGAAAAUAAAGUUGGUAAUAGUUCAUUGACUGAUAUAACAUCAUGGACAACACUUGGCUCUGCUCCACUGACAGCCAAUGCAGCUCAAUUGAUACCGAAUAGUUUAAGGCAACAGUAUUCAGUGAUGUUUAAUUUAUCGAAUUUUCUACCAGGAAAUGGUUGUCCACCAACUACUUAUCGUCUUUUGAUUGCUCCAUCUGAAGAUGGGCAUUUCGGUUUAAAACAAACACUGAUCAAUCAAACAUUGACCAGAGCUGAUCUUGUAACUGUAGACAUAUUGAAUCGAGAACGGUGUUGUUACAAUGUGACUAAUUUGAAUUCCGGUGCUCAUUAUCACUAUAAGGUAGUAGCAACCAAUGCUGCUGGUUCAGCAAGUGUACAAGGUCAAUUUUGGACAAGAACUGUAUCAGGACGUGAGCCAGUGCUUAGACAGACUCAUCUACUUGGAAAGGCGAGUUUCUUUCAACAACCAACUGUUAUUGUACCGAUCACUGCUUUAUUCGCUAUAUUACUUGUUGUCACUGUAGCUCUGUUAUUCUUCUGCCGACAUCGUCGUCUAGAAGAAGAUCUUAGCCCGAAUAAGGUUGUCACAGUCACACAUAAUGAUUUACGACCCAAUCAAGUUGACUCACAACAACAACAACAACAACAACAACAACAACAACAGACUGUAUCACAUUCUUAUCAUCCUUAUCAUGUUGGCAGAUCAUCUGGUCAUAGACGUGAUAAUCUUCCACCUAUUCCUUCAGGUCAACAAGUAGAUUCUCAGGCAAGUACAGUAGUUGCUGCAGGACGUCAUGGCAGUGGAAUAAAAAGUUGGUUUAAUGGGGCAAGAAUGCGCCUUUAUGAUCGUGGACAUUCUGUCAAUCCUGUUGAACAAUCUGUUCAUUCUGGAGGUAAUCAAAUUGGUGGUCGUGGUGUUACUGAUGAAGACGAUGAAAGAUUGUCCACGAAUUCUAUUGACAGUGAAGGCAACAUUAAUCCAUAUGCAACAUAUGCAGCUACAGGGUUCAAUGAUCGAUCUGGAGAUACAGUUGGUACAAGUGCUACAUUAUUAACUGGUCCAUCGAUUGUUAAAUCAUCUGUAGUAUCAUCAUCAAUGGUAGAUGGUAGUAUAGUUGGUACAAGAGGUGGUAUACGACCAAUUAGAGAUGUAAGCACUGGUCGUGGGAAUCACAGUUCAAAUAUUUCAAAACCUGUGUGGAAUACAGUAUUUAGACGAGGUCUUUCCAUUCCGUCUGAUCCAGAGUCAUCUAUGAUCAGUGUUCCUGGACAUCAUUAUCAUUAUCCAAAUUUAGAUUCAACUAUUGGAAAUUCUACACUUGGCCGACCGCAUCUAAUUCGUGUUAGUUCUAGUGGUCGUUUACGUUUAGCUCAACAUAUGAUUGAUCCUCGAUUAGUUCCACCGUCAACAGCUGCUUUAAUCGAUCCUGUCAUGUUGGCACCGUAUGAUAAUGGCACCCUAGAAGGUGGAGACUGUGAUGAUACAACAGAUGAAUUUGCUAGAGCAUCAGUAUUAGGCCCUUUAAGACGGGUUAAUUCAUUUGAAUCAUUGCAUCGGUUACCUGGAGGACGUUCACAAACGUAUCAUCGUGGUUUUGGAGCAUGUGCACCAGGCGGACGAAAUUUACUACCUGUUGGAGUUAAUGUUUCUUGUUCUGUUAAUGGUGCAAAUGGUGUUUCAGUUUCAUUUUUUGAAUCAGGUAGUAGUAUUCAACCAUCUGAUCCUUCAGUAGCCUAUCGUGGAAGUGUACUUUCGAGUACAACAGUUUCAUCAAAUCAUGAAGAGUUAAUGCAAGCCUAUGAAUAUGGUCGUAAGCAUCAUUUACGGUCAUGUCUUACCUUACCAUCGAAUGCAGCUUUACCUCAUCUUGUACCUGUUAACUUUGGUACACGAUUAGUUCCUGCCCACUUGAAUAUAGGAUUAGAUCAUUCAGUGAACACUGUUGGAGCUCAUCCUUCAUUAACUGGUGCAGCGGGAAUCGCUGAAGGUGACGUCAGUGGUGGUUCUGCAUCUAGUGAUGCCACAGAUUCUGGAAUACGACAGUUUACUCAACAACCACCUCAACCAGAUGAAGCACGGCAUGCAGCGUGUGAAGUUCCACUUAUUUAUGAUGUUAAUCAACUAACUUCUCGAAAUAUUGUUCCUGGAACUACUGGACAUCGUAAUGGUGGUAUCGGUGUCGGUAUCGGUGUUGGUGGUAUUCCAGUUUUUGCUAUUCCACGAACAAAAUCUAGUAAUCGUCUUCAUCAAUCGAAACUAAUAAGAUGUGAUUCUGACUGUCCAUCUGAUAUGACAGCAGACACCUAUGCUACAGUUGACUAUACUAGUGGUGCACCUUACACUUCAAUAUCAUCAACACAACAAAACUGUCAAAUACGUGGAAAUAUAACAAAUUCAGGUAUUCAAAGAAAUUUAUAUGGACAAACAGCAGGUAAUCCAACUUUUUCUUCAACACGUACCUAUCAACCGCUUCCUGCACCACCACCAUCAUCAUCGACUAUUGGAUAUUCUGAUGCUGAUCCAUCGACUACCUACGGUCCAGGAGCAAUAUAUGAUGAUUCUGGACACUGUCAACAAGCAUCUUAUUAUUUUCAUCAUCCUUCAACUGGGACUAAUAUUCUACGAUCUGGUGGAUUCAGUAAUCCAGUGACAUCAUUAUCUCAUCAAAUGGUUGUACCUUAUUCAAAUCAAAUGAAACGAAGAGAUAUGAGAAAGCAAACAUCCGGCCGUACAAAUCCCCGUCAACUUAAUAAACUGCAUUCAAGACAACUAUCUGAACCUAGUGAAGAUGAAAGUGUUGGACUACUUGCUGCAGCAGCAGCAGGUGGAGCUUCCAGUUCCCAUCCAAUUGAUGUUUAUAAUUCAGCCAUACGUGGUCAACUGUAUACUGCUGGUAGUCGAGUAGCUGGUGUUACUUCCACCUCUGUUACCGCAACUAACGUUGUUGUUAGUGGACAUCAGGGAAAUUUAUCCACUUCAAAUCAAAUUGAACCACCAGAAGAAAAUGUUUAUACUUCAGAAUUUGUACUUGUUUGA